CCAUUCGGAGCAAUUUUCAAGAUUUGUGAUCAGUCUCGAGUUGGUGGUAGCACUGCACUCUGCUUCAAGGCCACCCCGGCGAAGAAAAUAGUAUUUUGUGAAAAUGGGUAGGCUAAAAAUUGACUUGGCACUCGCCCUCUUUGCCAUCAUUUUCGUCAACUGUGUCGUCCAAUCCGAGUACUACAUUGAGCAGCCCACCCACAUUUACGUGGUUGGGGGGCCAGAUUCGGACGAUGCGGUAUCUGUAGAAGAAGACGAGGUGGUGGCGGUCUCGCCACAAAACGCACAAUUUCAGUCGAGGAGAGGAGUUGCCUCCAGCGAUGAGGACGAGUCAGAAAGUGAGGACAACGAGAGCGUGGAGGAGAAACAUCAACGAACCAAAGGACGCCCAAGACCCAUCAAGCUCCCCUCAAAUUUUGACGAGAUUGUGCGCCGAAAGUUGCAGCUGGCUAAGCGACAACGACGCCCCCUUCAUGGCGAUCCGUCCCCAAUUAUGCGUCACGACGAGGACGAUGAGGAGCGCAAGCCGCCCGCAUCUCGACUCUUGUGGCCUUUCUCGAUCGAAAUAUCCAAGGGCAAGGACGGCUGGGGGCCAGGUCAUUACGGAUCGUACGACAAAGGACCUCACCACGGGCAUGGUGAGCCCCACCCGAUCAACUUUGGUGCGCACGACGACGACGAAUAUGAUCCCGAUGACGACCCCGAAGUACAAAAGUUGCGCUUGGAAAUGUACAAGAUGGUCACACGAGCCAAGAAGUGGAAGAAGAUUCUCAAGUACAACCUGGCUGAAGUCGGGGCACAAAUAUUCACAAAGGGAAUCGAGUUUCUGGAAUUUAUCUGAUAUCUGCGAAAAGUGAAUGGUGUCGUCGUCGUCGCGUCAGUGUCAGUGAUGGUCAACUGUCAGUGUUAUUAGGUUUUGUUGUUAUUUAUACUACACUUUCGUAAUAUUUUAAUGCUUUCCAUUUUAUUUUCUGGAGCAAAUGUAAAUUAACUAUGUAAAAAAUAUGUAAUAUUUAUCGAGGGAUUGAGCCACGCACACUAAUAAUAGCGAGCAAUAAACAACGCCACCACUGCAAAGCCACCUUGUGUACAUAUUUAGACACGCGCACAUAAAUACGUACUUAACGUAGCCCUAGUUUUGAGUUUUUGCUCUUUCCUCCGCGGGACAUUUUCUAAAAUCUUGAUAAUGAAGUUGGGACAUGUUUCUAGCAAAGCUGGUCACGGAAGUCACCAGCGCCAAGGGCACUACGGUGGGAGCCAACAUGGAUCUCACGACGGCUGGGGUUGGGACGCCUACAUCGAGCAUGAGAAACACAAGCUCAAGUAUGAGAUUUUGAAACUCAAGGCCAAGAAGAAGAUUGCCAUUUUGCAAAACAAAGUCGAACUUAAGAAGCUGCUCAGUAUGUUGCUCCAGAAGAAGAUCCAGGCUUUGGAGUGGUGGCGUUAGUUGAUAACUUGCUAGUUUUAAGGGUGCAGAUUGUCAGAUGCAUGGCGAUGGUUACAAACAUCUUUUCUGUGCAGUGAAACUAUUCCUAUCCUCUUGUUACACAAUGUUGAGUUUGAAUGUGACAUAAUUUGUUAGACGUUGUUGUUGUCAAUUUAAUAAUAUUAAUAAAACCAUGCUUUUAAAUAUUUUGAGA